GUUGGUGUGCUUUUAUUAGAGAAGUCAACUACAACAAACUUUGCGCUGUGCUUUGUCAGCUGUAUACGCCUAAACGCAGAUGGAGAUCGGACCGCAGGGUCCCGUGGUGAGCGGAGUGUCACCUAAUGAAGGCCAGCCGGGGACCAGACUGACCAUAAGAGGAGAGAACCUCGGAGACUCCCUCAGGGACAUACUGGGUGUGUCUCCCUCUCUCACUCACACAGUAUCUCCUUUCCCGACAUAAAGAUUGGCGGCCACAGCUGCAAGGAGAGCCUGGAGUACUUCAGCUCUAAGAAGCUGUUUUGCCUCACCCCCAACGUGGAGGGGCGGAGUCAGAUUAUCAUCACCACACUGUCUGGUGGUACCGGGACUUGUACCGUCACCUAUUAUGGCCACGCCAGAGAAGCCACUCCUAAACUUGAUCCACUGGAGGAGUCAGCGGUGUGGCAGGAAGAAGACGUGAACCUCCUGGUGACCUACUCUGCCAAACCCCCGACUCCAGUCUACACUCGCAGGAAGAUAGAGCCACUGGGACCUCCCAGUGCCGCCUCAGCCGGGGGGAAGAAGAAACUGGGCCGUGAGAACCUCGGAACCAUGUUUCCUCACGGGAGUGGAGAUCUGCUGGCAGAGAAUUUCAACCCAGCCUGGUUCCUCCUGGAGAGACAUCGAUUCAGCACCUUUGACGAUCUAAAGACUGGUCGGAACCAGCUGAAGCAAGAGGUGAAAGAGAGCGAAUGCGCCCCUGUUGCGUUCAUGCAGGACAACCUGGACGCCUUUCUGCUCUGCUACCAGACUCUGUCAGAUGUGAACGAGCUGCUGAUUCGCAACGAGAGUGAAAGUCAAGGUGGCUCACUCACGGACCGCGUCGAGGAGCUCCUGAAAGUGGCGCUGAAAUCAGGUGAGGUAUUGUUUAGAGACGUCCUCCGCUGCAAGGCGCGUGCGGACCAGACGCGUAUUGCCCUCACCGUCCUCCAGCGCUACAGGUUCCUCUUCAACCUCCCACACACCAUCGAGAAGAAUAUCAGCAGCGGGGAGUAUGAGAUAGUGGCUAAUGACUACGACAAGGCAAAGACACUCUUUGCAGACACGAAAGUCAACAUCUUCAAGAAAGUGCUGGAGGAAGUGGAGAAACAGUUGGCCAAGUUCAGAGAAGACCUCAGAAAGAAGCUCCUCAAGCUUCCCUCCAUACUAGAGGAACAGAAGAGACUCAUAAAGUUUCUGUUGGAGCUGGACUGCGAGGGAGACCCUGCCUGGGACUGCCUCUCCAACAUGCACCAGUGGAUCCUGAGACUCCUCUACAGCUCCAAGGAGGAGUUCCACGGCACAGCUGCUCCUUCUGCCACCAACAGAUCUGAUGACCAGGUGGAUGGAGGAGGUGGGAGGGGAGGAGAGCUGGAGGUGAGGGGAAAGGGCCACUCGAGAACCGUAUCAGACGUGAGCUACAUCAGUACUGGAUCUGGGUCCCAGGGAAUAGCCACUCCAUCAUCAACAUAUCGACCCCAUGCCAAGACGGUGACAGGGGAGUGGCACAUGCCCAGCGGUCGCAGCGAGGUCGGUCCUCCCAAACGGAUCCUCUUCGUGGAGGAGAUCACGGAGCUGAUGGCCGAGAGUCUGCCCGAGUUCUGGAAGCUGGGUCAGGCCUACGUCUCGGGGUCUCUGUUCCACGGGAUGCAGAUGGUUGCCGAGAGACAGCGAAACCAGCAGGAGAACUGCGACAAGAACCGCGAAAAAUUCGAGCACAAGAUGUUGAUGGAGAAGGUGGAGGUGUUUACAGACAUGGUCAACUGCUCCCUAUUCCCGGAGGCCUACGAACAGCUCAGCGAAGUCCGCCGGAAAAACCUCGGGGAGUGGGCCGCCUUCGAGGAGGGCCUGGCCGACACCUCGGGGGCGUGGCUUCCACAGAUCGUCAGGGAGAUAAGGGUGUGUGUGGGAUCACUGCAGAAGCUGCCUCUACCAGAGAGAGCUGUGGAGAUGACUCAGACCCUUGCCAUCAACGUCAGGACACUCUGCGUGGACACUCUCUUCCACCGCGCUGCCAGAGAUAUCGAGAUGCUCCACGAGCGAGAGGACUGGAAGGUCCAUGCGGAGGAGAGUGGGUCGGUCACGAGUCUCCCCAUUCUCUUUGAGAACCUGGUGGUGGAGGUCCUCCUCACUCUCAAGGAGGUAGUUAUUGAGACACACCACGGAGAGACACAGGAAAGUGCUGAUCCUCUGAUGGACUGCUCUGUGGAACAUUUACAUGCUCUGAUGGAGCAUUUCAUUGGCUGUCUGGAGUACCUGGCCUUCCAACAGGACGAAGAUACUGACGAAACAGCGAGCCGACUCAGUAGAGACAAUAAGUCAGUGGACGAAGCUGCUGGUGACAUCAUCACAAUGUCCCCAGACGAGCAGCUGCUGGUCCUGAUGAGCAACCUACACUACACAGGGGAGCAGGUGAUCCCUCGUCUCUUCAACUGCUUCAUGAGCCAAGGCUACCCCUCCUGUCCACAAGUCAACGAGGUGGUGAUGGAGGGUAUGAUGGACCUGGACCAGCGACUCUUUGACAACUACAUUGAGCACAAGAGCGAGGUGCUGGUAGACGCCAUAGAGCAGGGCAUGAAGACGGGCUCCUUCGACUGGGACGUCUGCAAGGAGGAGCCCGCGGACGUCCGAUGCUACAUACGAGAGAUCAUUCUGACUCUUGUCACCAUCCACUGCGAGGUGUUCACAGUGUCCCCGGCCCUGGUGGAGAGGGUCCUGCAGAGACUGGUGUGUCUAGUGGCAGAGGAAAUCCACAGGAUCUUCAAGGAAGUCGAGCAAUUCAGUUACAGCGGUGCUCUCCACGCGUUUGUUGAGGUAACCACACUCGAAGACAUCUUUACCAUCUACGUGGUCGACGAAACUCGCCAGUGCUUUCAGAGAUGCAAGGAAUAUUUGGGCACACUGGAUGCUGAAAGCCAAGAUAAAAUGCUGAAGAUAGUUAGUGACUUCAAGACAAAAACUGAGCUCUUGGCCACGUGUUUCAGGCCAGAACUAACCACACCCCUGUCAUGAUCACAUAAUAAUUAUGCACCCUCUGACUGUAGCCAUAUAGCCCCGUCUUCAAUGUCACAGUUUGCAUUACUGAUGCAGUGCUCCAUAGUAAAUCACUUUCAGUUAAGCACUGAUUUUAUAAACAGGAGAACAAUGGCAUCGUGUGUGUGUGUCUGGUACGCAUGGUGCAUUUUACUAUUCUCAGCAGAACAAAACAGGCCUGCUGUUGGCAUAGCAAUGAUAAUACUCUGUGUGCAAAUAUGUUAUCAGUGACCAUACAGAAGUCUAAAAAAGUGUCUUCUCUGUGUGCAAAGUUGUGUGUGUGUACACAAGUAAACGGGAUUGUGGGGGAUGUUAUUCUGGGCUAAACGGCGCUAAUUUCAUUGCAAGUAGUCUGAAGUUUUAGACACCUUUGCUGUCCCGUCUGUGUACCAUGGCCAUAGAGCUACUGUCAGACCCCAGAAGAAGCAGGCAAGGAAGCUACCAGCCAACAUCAGGCCCACAAACUCGGGGUACGCGCUGUACUCUGAGAAUUCUUCGUCGCUGUGUUUGACAGCCUCGUAGGUGUAGAUCCCGCAAGUAAUGAGAGCAUAGCCCAGUGUUGCGGUGUACACCAUGCCCAGGAGAGCAGUCUGGGCGCCAAAAGGUCAAGGCCACAACCUAUACUGUGUGCAGCCGCAUGCAUUCAUAGAUAGAUACUGCAAUCCAAGGUAUAGGGUAUAGGAGCAUUUAUGAACUGGACCAUGCAGGAUUAGCAGAAGGGGGGGUUUUGCAAGCAUGGUUGGUUAGAGUAGUUGUUGUCUUAGAGUGUAGGAUACCACAGAGCCAAUGGCAGCGCUGGCUCGCUUCCACAUGACGGCGUGUAUCAGCGCGAGGACAUAGGCCACGGGGCCGACGAUGCAGGCAGCCCAGGCCCAGUAGAGCUCGGGGUGAUCUGUAAUGGAUCCAACGUACAUGUACCUGGUUUCUGUAGAUGCCGAAGCUCAGAACGAAGAGCAUCCAUCCCACUGCAGACAUUGCUAUCAUCGGUAGUGCCGCCUUGCGAGCUGCUCCAAAAAGAGGCAGGAAAGUGCUCCCUUUGUUGAAACUAGACCCCGGUGACGGAUCUAGAGAGAACAGCGGAGAGUCUCGCUCAUUGUCUCUGUCGGCACGGGGUGUCUGCUGCUGGUCCAGUUUCACAUAAGACGGAACUUGCACUGCGAUGUUAGCCAUUUUCGUCGUAAACACCCGUCGCGACCGUAUGCUAUGAAACGCCAAACGUAACAAAAAUCGCAACACUACCGAACAACAGUAUUUUGGUGCCUAAAUAAGUAUGCCCCCAACUAACUCCAGACUAAGAGGUCCGACUAGUAGUGUGGCGUUGCAGUCAGACGAACGCAUGCGCACCAAA